AUAGCAGACGGCCGACGGCGAACAGUAGUCGCUCUAUCCUGCUCCAGUUCGCGCUAGUGGUUUCCUGUUCAUUCUUCCGCGAUGUCUCGACGAACCUUGGAUCUGAUGCGGGCCAUGGCGGGCGUGCAGAAACGAUGCCCAGCCCACCAGGCAACGCCAAUGAGCACAGGAUCGUGUUCUCACGCGAAGGAAUACGCUUUCGAAAUGGCAUGUUCUAACAUCCGAUACGGACCGGGAGUAACACAGGAGCUUGGCCAGGACCUCGCAAAUAUGAACGCGAAAAACGUUUGCGUCAUCACAGAUAAGAAUCUCGAGAAGCUUCCGCCGAUGAAAGCAGCGCUCGAUUCGCUCCAUGCGAACAAGAUCACCUACCAGCUCUUCAGCGAUGUCUCAGUCGAGCCCACUGAUCACAGUAUUCGAAAAGCCAUUGACUUCGCUCGGAAAGGACAGUUUGACGUUUUCGUGGCUGUCGGUGGCGGCUCGGUGAUCGAUACAGCCAAGGCCGCGAAUCUCUAUCUGAGCCAUCCCGAGGCAGAAUUUCUCGAUUUUGUCAACGCGCCGAUCGGCAAAGGCAAACCCGUGCGCAACACUCUGAAACCCCUGAUCGCAGUCCCGACGACAGCUGGAACGGGCAGUGAAACUACCGGCGUGGCCAUCUUCGACUACGAGCCCCUGAAAGCCAAGACAGGGAUAGCGAAUCGAGCUCUGAAACCCACCCUGGCCAUCGUGGAUCCGCUGCACGUCAAGCACAUGCCAGAGAGAGUUGCAGCUCACUCGGGUUUCGAUGUACUGUGUCACGCUCUGGAGUCGUUCACCGCCAUCCCGUUCAACGAGAGGGGACCGAAGCCAGCGGAUCCGAUUCUACGACCGGCAUAUCAGGGAAGCAAUCCAAUCAGCGACGUAUGGGCGAGACAUGCUUUCGCAUUGCUGAGGAAAUUCUUCAAAAGGAACGUUUUCGACUGCGAGGACUUCGAAGCUCGGUCCGCGAUGCAUCUCGCGAGUUGCUACGCUGGUAUCGGAUUUGGUAACGCCGGCGUUCAUCUCUGCCACGGAAUGUCGUAUCCGAUCUCGGGAUUAGUGAAGAAGUUCGUGGCUAAGGACUACGAGUCCUCGGAAAAACCUAUCAUCCCACACGGUCUCGCUGUCGUCAUGACAUCUCCUGCUGUGUUCAGCUUCACUGCGCCAGCCUGUCCGGAUCGACACAUCGAGGCUGUCCAACUAUUGGGCGGACGAGACACCAGGAAUAUCAAGGCGGCCGAUGCGGGAGCAGUUUUGGCGGAUGUUCUGCGUGAAUAUAUGAGCCAGAUGAAAAUUGAGAAUGGUCUCUCGGCCUUGGGCUACGGGAAGGCGGACGUUGAUGACCUUGUGAAAGGAACUUUACCUCAGGAACGUGUCACCAAACUUGCCCCCAGAAGUCACGUGGAGCGGGACUUGGCAAAUAUUUUCGAGAAUUCGAUGACUGUGUACUGAUGGAGGAUUUACCCCAUGCUCCCUCCUCGCGAAACGUCACAAUGGUUUAAGAACAGCGGACCAUAAUCCGAUAUAUUGACAACUGUGAAUUUAUGGAUCUGCGCAAUAAAUAUGACAGGAGAAAAGAUCAGAAC